AGACAUGCCCGACUUCGAAAGCUCCCUUCCACCAUCCCAUUCCAUACUUACCAGCUUUUUAGCUUGGACCAAAAUUAAAGCCACUCCCGCCCCAAACCUUUCUUGCUUCUAAUCCAAGUGAUAUAUGAUCCAUCUCAUCUACUAUCUAUAUUGAUAUAAUAACAUGUAAAUAUGAUUCAUGCACUGCACCUCUGUUAUUUAUGCGGUAGAGAAUGACGAAUACUACUGGAGAGCUAAGAAGGGAGGAACUUCAAAGAGAGGUUUGCGAUCUUAGUAAGACGCUGACUCAUGAACAGAAGGUGCGGGAAUAUCUGGAUCGUGUUUACCACCUGAAGAAUGUUUCAGAUAUCAGCAUUCCUAAUUUUAUUCCUCCAAAGACGAAGGAGGUUUUGGGUGAGCUGGUUUUGGUGGAAAGAGAGAUAAGCCGGUUAGAGACCCAAAUAAGGGAGCUGAAGGAAAAUUUGAAGGAAGAGGACCUCUUCACCAUAAAAUCAAAACAAUUAUUGGAGUCAAGUAGAUUGAAGAAUAAUGCAUCUUUGUUAUUCCACAAUAACAGCAAAGAAGGGUUUCCAUUUGAGACUAAUAAGGCAUUACACUUUAUUAGCAAAGCCAUUAAGGAGAAGGAUAAGCAUCAUUUAUGGUGUAAUAAUGAUGAAGAAGUUAGAAUCUUUGGUGAGAGAGCUCCAAUGAAACGUGCCAUUAUCAAACCUCAAGCUUCACUUUUACGUGAACCUCGCCAAAUUAACCGCAGCAGGGAACCUAACAUGGAAAUUCCCAGGGGCUUAACAACAGAUCUCCCUCCAAAAGUGAUGAUUUCUCCCCUUCACCCAUUGGAGGAAACCACGCAAAGAUGGCCUCCCAAUAAGCUCUCGGAGAGCAUAAUGAAAUGCUUGGUCUCCAUUUUCGUGAGACUGCUGAGAACUUCAAGGGCAAUGGAGAUGGAGAAGUCGGGCACGAUAGCUCGCUCCAACAAGUUUUCCUUGGCUUUUCGAACUGAUCAACCGUCCAGCACUCUUGCUGCAAUGCAGAAAGACUGGAGACAGCAGGACCCUUAUUCCAUUUUCGACUCGGAAGACUCUAUCCCUAGAGAUAUUGGCCCUUACAAGAAUUUGGUCAAGUUCUCCUCGCCUUCUCUGGACUCCAAAUGCAUCUCAACCUCUAACUCAGCUCCUUUGUUCCAAAAGCUCAAGAUUUUAAUAAAGAAUUUAGAGAAGGUGGAUUUGAGAUUUUUGACACGGCAACAGAAGUUAGCAUUCUGGAUCAACAUGUACAAUGCUUGUAUCAUGCAUGGAUUUCUUCAAUAUGGAGUUCCAUCUAGUUCUACCCCGGAAAAACUAAAAUCACUUCUAAACAAGGCAACAUUAGACAUCGGAGGUUAUGUGAUCAAUGCACAAGCUAUUGAGCAUGCUAUCUUGAGAAACUCAUUAAUGUCUUCACUAGAAAAAGAGGAUAACAAAGGUGACAAGGGAAACACAAUCCCAGGGUUCUAUGGAUUCGAGUCCUUUGAUCCUAACACCAUAUUCGCGUUAUGUUGUGGAACUCGUUCUUCACCAGCCGUGAAAAUAUACUCAGCAGAGGGGGUGAUGGCGGAGCUCGAAAAAUCAAAGUUGGAGUAUUUACAAGCUUCAAUGAUUGUGAGAAAGAGUGCCAAGAAGAUUGCGUUCCCGGAGCUAAUGUUAAGAAACAUGCACAAUUUUGCAGAUGAUUUGGAUUCAUUGCUUGAGUGGGUGUGUGAGCAGCUACCCACAUCAGGAUCUCUCAGAAAGUCAAUGGUUGAAUGCUUCAGGGGCAUUCAUGGUGGUGGCAAAGCCUCAACCAUUGUUGAGAAAAUACCCUAUGAUUUUGAGUUUCUUUAUCUUUUACUUGUAUGUUGAUGUAUACAUUGAAUUGAAUAUAUAAACACACGCUCACAAACAUUCAUAUAUGUGAAACUUCAACCCCUCUUUUUUGUACAUUUUAUUAUUGUUGCACUUUUAAAACUCCG